AUGCAUCGGUUUACGCUUCUGUUUCUACUUCCUUUGUUAAUAAGUGUAAUAGCUCAAGAUGGUUAUACCCCAAACGUACGUCGGCUACGGCCUUUACCGACGCUAGGUCGGCCGCGUCCUGUUAGACCUGUUGCCGUUGUCACCCAACCACCCGUUUCAGCUGCCACUCAACCACCAGCAGUUGCUACCGCUCAACCACCACCAGUAGUUUCUCCUCCACUAGGUACGGGUAAUCAGCCACCGGCAGUCCAAUUACCACCAGUUGUGGCACGACCUGUAGUUAUCCCACCACUUGCCCCUUCACCGCCCGCAACUGAGGCUCCUCCAGUGCCUAUUGAACCUGAGGAGGAGAUUUCAGAACCAUAUCCAGAACCGGAGCCAGAACCGCUACCACAGCCGGAGCCAGAGCCAGAGCCAAAACCGGAGCCAGAGCCAGAACCGGAGCCAGAGCCAGAACCGGAGCCAGAGCCAGAACCUCAACCACUACCACCCCUACAAAAUACAAAACCAGAAUCGAGUGGUUUUUCAGUUCCAACAGUAGUUUCGAAGCCAGUAGCUCUCAAGCCCGUAGCUUUACCACCACUUUUCCCUAAACCACAGCCAGUACGGGAACCAAUCUUUGGUCGACAAACUCCACCAACUACCCUAUAUCCGAUUCCCGUUUCAACACAGCGUGUGACUAAAGCUCCUCCAGUCAUCAUAACUACUUCAACAGAGAAACCUGGAUCCUUGAAAUUUGACUUAGUCUGUAAGGACGGAAAUGGAUACUACGCAGUAGAUAACGAGUGUGAUGCUUACAUUGAAUGCAAGUACAAUAAAGCUACCCAACAUUGGUGUCCAGAUGGCCUUCAUUUCAAUCCUGCUGCUAAACGUUACGAAUAUCCAUGUGCUUAUCCUUCACUCGUACAGUGCACCUCAGGAAGGGAAAGACAAAACCCAAAUCCAACAGCCCAAUGUCCUCGACAAUAUGGAUUUUACUCGACAAAUGAUGGCGAUUGCUCAAAAUAUAUUGUGUGUCAAGAAGGCGCGGCGACCGUCAUGGAUUGUCCUUUUGGGUUGGUUUUCAACCCAACUGUCCAGAGCUGUGAUUGGGUAGAGAAUGUGCCCCAGUGUAACCCUAAUGUGUUCAAGGACUACGUUUGUCCCGAGCCACCGAUUGAUGAAUAUGGUUUGGUGUCCGACAUAAUUUACAAAUACAGAUACGAACAACAUUGUAAGUUGUAUGUAGCUUGUCAAAGAGGCUACCCUCGGUUGUUGAGCUGUGACCACGGCCUGUCUUUUGAUGAAAGUUCCCAAUCGUGCGUCGAUGAGGAAUACGUCCGAGACUGUGCUGCUCCGUAUAUUGCUCUAUAA